AUUUCAGGCUCUACUUUUCCCUUUGUUUAGUACUCCUGUCGCUCACUGUUUACAUGCUUUUGCCGUCCAGCAUGGUGGACCCACGUGAUUAGGUGACGUCGAUGCAAAGGGUCAGACCAGAACAGAACAGGAAACAGAAGCUUUGUCCGCUUCCCCGAGGCUCAUGUUUGAACACUUAAUUUCACAGAUUUGUCUUUUUGGUAUUUCAUGACAAUAUAAACGUUUCCUUUCGUGACAUUGGGAGAUGCAGUCGACCCAAACGGACUGAGUCUACAAAUCCUGCCCUGCUUCCUGCUCCAAUGACCCCUGACCCCUGAUUCUGAGAGCUCUUUCUGAUGGUUGAGCAGUGGCCAGCGAUGGACAGCAGAUGCAGCAGUUUUGAUUCGCGUUUCACCAGUCAGGAGGUGGGCUCAGUCAUCUCCACGCCCGUCUCUGGCCGGGUGGAGUCGUACGAGGUGGCAGGGAAGAAGUGCAUCUCUGACGUGAGGAGGACCUUCUGCCUCUUUGUCACCUUUGACCUCCUGUUCAUCACCUUGCUCUGGAUCAUAGAGCUCAAUGCGAGCGGCAGCGUUCAGACGCAGCUGGAGAAAGAAGUCCUGCACUAUGACUUCCACGCCUCCUUCUUUGACAUCUUUCUGCUGGCCGUCUUCAGGUUUGCAGCCCUCAUCCUGGCUUACGCCAUCUGCAAGCUGCGCCACUGGUGGGCAAUCGCAAUAACCACUACAGUCACCUGUGCAUUCUUGAUUGUUAAAGUCAUUUUACCAAAGCUGCUGGCUCAGGGGGCCUUCGGGUAUCUGCUACCCAUCAUCUCCUUCGUGUUGGCCUGGAUUGAGACAUGGCUACUCGACUUUAAGGUCCUUCCUCAGGAAGCUGCUGAUGAAAACCGAUACAAGUCGUUUGUUGACGCCACAGAGCGCCCUCCUCUCAUUGGUCCUGGUCCGGUUUCUGAAGGACAGUUUUACUCUCCGCCGGAGUCUCUGGCAGACUCUGACGAGGAUCUGGAUGACAAACACGACCCGGAGAAAGGGCUGAUUCAGAACGUGACGUAACGGGUUUCAUCCUGUGAAGAUGGAUGUUUUAAUCCUGCUCCUGUUGUGCUUCUGAGGGACCUUCUGCCUUACACCUUCAACUGUUUAAUUCAUAAUUCAGAUAAGUUUUUGUUUAUCAAAUCCACGUUAUCAGCCUUCUACAGAAAACUGAAACAGAAAAAACAAAUGCUACUUAAAGAGCAAAUCAGUGUCAAAACCUCUGGUUUUAGUUUCAUUCACAUUUCUGGAACUUGUAGAGGAAAAGAUUUUAUACACAAAUGUUUGGUUGGUUUAAAAAAAACUAAAAUAUUCUUUAUAAAACUUUCAGUAUUCAAACUGUUCCAUUUUAUCUCAUCCAAACUUUGGAAACAGUAAGGUGUUAAUGCCUUAUAUUUACACAUUGUUUGUUUUAAUUUUGAAUGUGAGUGUAAAGGUAGAUCACCCGCCCAGACAGCAGUAUAAGGACCAGUUAAGAAGAAGUCGGCCAUGUAUGACCGCUUUAAAGUUCAGCAUCCUGCAUGGAACCGUAGAACAUCAUCGAGAUUUGAACUUUUGCUUCUGUGAGGAAAUGUAUUUAAGAGAAAAUGAGCCAUAAAUCUGCUGUUUGUCUGUCAUGGCCUGUGCACUGUAUGGAAAGCAAACCGCUCCUAAAAGCUGCUGUAAUGGAAAACAUAUUUGUAUAUAUGUUCAUGCAUGCCUUACAAACUCAUGAUGUGUUUUCUUGAAAAGCUCGUCUGUAAAUUUGAAUCAUUAAAAUGUGAAAAACGC